AGCCGCGUGCCGGGACCCGCCCGUCCUCGCCAUGCUGCGGAAACUCACCCCGGAGCAGAUCCGCGACUGGUUCACCGUCGGCAGCGCCGUCACCGCCGUCGAGCUCUUGGGCGAGGAGGCGCAGGCCGCCCCCCCGUGCACUGGCCCCCGCCACCCCGCACGGGAGCCGUUGACGGCUGCGGGGCUGCCUGUCACAGAGAGCGUUGGAACGGAAUAUGCCAAAAAAUACAGACGAGCAGAGGAACAACAGCGAGGUGUAUCUGGAAAUGAUCAGCCUGUCUCUAAUAAACCAGGUACUUCAUUGUCUCAGUGUCAAUCAGGUGAUUCAACUUCUAUACCAAUAAUUAAACAUAAAUAUGUGAAUAUGCCUACAGCCAAACACAGGGAAAAGAUACUGUCUCUGAUACAAAACAAUUCAGUUGUGAUUGUAGAAGGAGCAACUGGCAGUGGUAAGAGCACACAGAUUCCACAAUAUGUUCUGGAUGAUUGCAUGCAGCAAUCUAUCUACUGCAACAUUGCUGUUACCCAGCCCCGGAAAAUCAGUGCCAGCAGCCUUGCCAGGUGGAUUAGCAAGGAACGAUCAUGGACUCUGGGUGGAUUUGUAGGAUACCAGUUGAGCUUAGAGAACGUUUCAACAAAGGAGACAAGGUUGCUGUAUAUGACAACUGGAGUUCUUCUUCAGAAAGUAGUUUCUGCCAAGAGCCUAACUGAGUUCACACAUAUUUUCAUUGAUGAAGUACAUGAACGUACAGAAGAAAUGGAUUUUUUGCUCUUGAUGACCCGUAAACUAUUAUAUACAAAUUCACAGUCUGUAAAGAUAAUAUUGAUGUCUGCUUCCAUCAACUCUAAAGAAUUUGCUGAUUACUUUGCAAUUCCACUUCGUAAUGGGCUGAAUCCAGUCUGUGUAUUUAAGGUGGAAGGCAAACCUUUUGCAGUUGAAGAAUAUUAUCUUGAUGAUUUAAAGGACACUGUUGAUUUCAAGCUUCAUUCUCAAAGCAUCGAGGAACCAGUGAUAAAAAAGAAUAUGUAUGAUGUAGCAGUGUCUCUGAUUGAGUCAUUUGAUGAGUUUGAGAUGAAGAGGGAGGAAGACAGCUUGAGGGAUGCGUUGGAACGUGGCAGUGUGCUAGUGUUUUUGCCAGGUUUGGCUGAGAUAAGAUACAUGCACUCAUGCCUCUCAGAUAAGUUUAAAAGGUGGCAAGUGUACCCACUUCACUCAUGUGUGACAUUAGAGGAACAAAAUGAAGUAUUUUUGGCUACAGUUCCUGGCUACAGAAAAAUUAUUCUAGCUACCAACAUAGCUGAGAGCUCUGUAACAGUUCCUGAUGUUAAGUAUGUGAUAGAUUUCUGCUUAACUAAAGCUUUGGUUUGUGAUAAGGAAACUAAUUACCAAAGUUUGAGACUUUGCUGGGCAUCUAAAACAAACUGUAAUCAAAGAAAAGGUCGCGCUGGACGAGUUUCCAGAGGGUAUUGUUACAGGCUGGUGUGCAAAGCUUUCUGGACAAACUUUAUUCCAGAGAAGUCAGAACCUGAGAUACUGCGUUGUCCAUUGGGAAGUACAGUCUUAAAAUUAAAAAAGCUUGAUAUGGGGGAACCAAAAACCUUACUGGCAACAGCUCUUUCUCCACCCAAUGUAGAUGACAUCGAACGUACCAUAGUUCAGCUGAAAGAGCUGGGAGCACUUGCCUGUGUGCAAACAGAAGAAGAUCUGCAUGAUGGUGAGCUGACUUUCCUAGGAAGAGUAUUGAUACAGUUGCCAGUGGACCUGUAUCUUGGAAAACUGAUAGUGCUUGGGCAUGUCUUCGGGUGCUUGGAGGAAUGCCUUAUUAUAGCUGCAGCACUGUCUUUGCGGAAUUUUUUUGCAGUACCUUUCAAAGAACAUGUUGAUGGAUUCAGGAAAAAAAUGGGUUUUGCUGGGAAUAGUAAGAGCGACUGUAUUGCAAUUGUGAAUGCAUUUAAGGCAUGGCAGGCCUGCAAACAAAAGGGGAAACUGAGAGAUCCCAAGGAAGAGUAUGAGUGGGGUCGAUCAAAUUGUGUUCAUGUCAAGAGGAUGAAAGAGGUGGCAGAGUUAUUUCACAACUUGAAAAGGCGAGUCAGAGCUUUUAACAUGUAUGUUAAUGCUCGACCAUCUGCUGUGGACCAGGAGUAUGUGAACAAACAACGCUUCAUUUUGCAGGUUGUAAUAGCUGGUGCUUUCUAUCCCAACUACUUUACUUUUGGAGAAUGUAAUGAAAAAAGUGCUGCGAAAGAGCUCGCUGGCAAAGAUCCAAAAACCACUGUAAUGCUAAGGAAUAUUCCUCCUUAUGGAUAUCUGUACCAUAAACAGUUGCAGUCACAGCUUAGACAGUGUGGGCAAGUAAAAUCUAUUGCCUAUAACGGAUCAAAGGCUCUUGUGGAGUUCUCCCGCAAUCCAAAGGAGGCCUUUAAGGUUCUACCCGAAGUCUACCUGGCAAUCAAGAUGUUAAAACUGAAGAUUCCUUUUGAGCUGGAUGUUCAUCAUCCAGAUGAUAUCAGAAAACAAUUGCAAGGUGUGGCAGCUGCAAGUUUGGAAUCUUUGAGAGUAAAUGUAGACUGUCAGAAGCAGACAGUGGAGCCUGUGGAAAUCUCAUUUGGUGCUUUAGAAAUGUCAAUGAUCCCAAGUCGUUUUCUGUGCAUCAAGAUAACGGAGAUAGUAGAAGUUGGACACUUCUGGGGUUACAGGAUAGAUGAAAAAAACAGGACUGUACUCGAGGCUCUAACUGCUGAAAUCAACUAUCAGAACCUGAGGGAUUUAUCAGUGCCUCCACGUCCAGAUUUGCUUUGUCUGGCACCAUUCGCUUACCUGGAAAACAGAGGAUACUACAGAGCUUGUGUUCUGUAUGUUCAUGGAGAUUUUGCUGAGGUUUUUUUUGUGGAUUAUGGCAAUAGAUCAGAAGUGCCUUUAAAUAAAUUAAAAGAGAUUCCAAGCUGUCUUCAAGAGAUUCCUUUCCAGGCUUUAGAGUUCAAGAUAUGCAAGAUGCGCCCGUCUGCCAGAUCGAUCGUGUGUGGGGAACGGUGGAGUUACAGCGCCAGCCAGAGAUUUGCCUCGCUGGUCGAUGGCUGCAGUCUGCUGGUGCACGUGUAUUCAGCCGUGCACGGGGUCCUGCACGUGGAUGUUUUCCGCUACUCCAGGUGCAGAGACCUGGUGAACAUUCGAGACGUGCUUAUUGAGGAACGUUAUGCCGAACUAGCAGAAGAAUCGUACGAAUCACAACAAAGCCACAAUUUGCUCAAGGAGUUACUUUUGGAUGAAGUAAAGAAAGAAAAGCAAGUGCCUGUAUCUUCAAGACAGGAAGAAAAGCAUCUCAUUGGAAGAUUGUUAAACUGUUUUUCUGACAAUAAGUCUGAUGCGCCAACCCAUAAGGUAACAGUUUCGGGCCCGUUCAGUCCUUAUGAGCUGAAAUGCUACAGUCUGACUAGGGUAUCCCGGUUCAGAAAUAUUUUCAUAUGUAAGGAGAGCAUAAACUCCAUUGUUGUCCAUGAUACUGCAGAAGAUCCCUUUCAACAGUUGCUGGUUGCUGCUGAUAUAUCAGUAAAUGCAGCUGGAUCUACUCUGUUUUUAGGGGAAACAUCUUUGAUGCCUCCUAUUCCUGGCCUGCUUGCACUCCUCAGUAUGCUGUUUGCUCCAGCAAUAGAACUCAGGGUUGAUAAAACUGGAAAGUAUUUUACUGGUGUUCUGUGUGGUUUGGGUUGGAGUCGGACUUCUGGGGCUCCACUGCUUCCAGAAAAUGAUAUGGCCCUGACAUUUGAUGUGCAAUUUGGAGUGGAAGACAUAAUAGAGAUAAACAACUUAAGGACAUCCAUUAAUAAGCUGCUCUGUGAACGUGCAGUAUAUUCUGGACAAGAGCAAAUGAUACAGCUGCAGGAAAAUAUUCGUCAGAAGCUUCUAUGUUUAAUCUGCAAAUCAAGGCCUCGAGAUAAAAUUGUUCCUACGUGGUGUGAGAACCCAUAUGCAUGGAAUCAGGUGGAUUCUCAGCAUAUUGUUGACAAGUCUGAAAAGCAGCGUGAAAGAGGAAAUAGUGUUUAUCAGCUCCACAAGCUUGUUUUGUUGAAUGAUUAAGUAUUCCUAGAAGUCUUUCAGAGGAUGAGGUAUUACAACUAGUCUAAAAAUGAAUUCUGUCUUGGAUGCAUGUUUUGCAAGGCUGUUCCUUAAGAUUAGUGUAAGUGUACUGAAAUACAGUUUGGAAUGUGUUCGUGUGUUUUUGAAAAAGUUAAGGUUUGCUGGCUUAGAGCGGACGAGUUUAUUCAUAAAACAAACUGAUGUAAAGCAGGAUGAAACUUCAGUAAUACUUCUGAGCAGGUUUAUUGCAAGGUACAUGAAAGAUGAAGCAAAUCUAGGUUUAGUUGUUCAUUUUAUGUCUAAAAGCUCAUAAGUCAAGAGGCAUGACUUUUUUUUUCCCCUUUAAGUGCAAGUUGCAUUUUCCUGUUUUCUUUGUCAUUAGUUUUUCAAAAAUACGUGCAACAAAGGGGUUUGGGGUUUUCCCUAACCAAAAACUGGAAGUCAGAGGAAACUGAUGAUCUAGAUUAUGUUCUGAUGCACACUACAACUUGAUAUAUAAUUUUUUCAUUAGUUUUUCAUAUAGCAAAACAUAACCUGAUUUAUUUUCCUGUAUGGAAGAAGAAUGCUUUUGAAUUACUGAUUCUUGGCACCUUGUUUCAUUCUUUCUUCUUAUUCUUACCUGCAAGAUCUUUAGUCCUAAAAAUGAGGUCAGUGGUUUCAGAAUAAAAUGCAGAAGUGAAAUAAAAUGUUUUUGUCUCUUCUGUUGUGCGGUCAUGCUUAAU